AUGGAGGCUAUGAAAAAAUUGAGUCCAGCUGCUCAUGCUUAUGUGGAGAAGAUUGACCCCCAUACAUGGGCUAGGGCUUUUUUUGACAUCACCCCGAAGUGCGACUUGAUCAUGAACAACUUAUGUGAGAGCUUCAACUCUUACAUCAUCAAAUCUCGAGACAAGCCAAUCAUUACCAUGCUGGAGAUGAUUAGGAAGAAGUUGAUGAAGCGAUACCAGAAGAAGAGGCAGGGAAUAAGGGAGUAUGUAGGGGAGUGGUGCCCAAAGAUAUUGGCAAAGUUGGAUAAGUGUGGAAAGGAUGCUGUAGAGUGCAUUUCACAUUAUGCUGGGGAGGGGCUCUAUGAAGUGGAGUGCAGUUAUGGCUCAUAUGUGGUUGACUUGAUGCACCGUAGUUAUGGGUGCAGGCAGUGGGACAUGACUGGCAUUCCAUGCCCACAUGCCAUCUCAACCAUCUUAUAUCAUUCCUCCAAGCCUGAACAGUACCUGCAUCAAUAUUAUAGUGUUCAGAAUUACAAAAUGGCUUACGACCCAAUGAUAUACCCAGUGCCAAGUGAGGACCAAUGGGUUAGAACUAGCCAAGAUGAGGUGGACCCACCUGUUGUUAGAGCUGGCCCAGGCAGGCCCAAGAAGGUGAGGAGAAGGGGUCCUGAUGAGCCAAGAAAUCCACAUUGCAUAAGAAAGGGUGGUGUGACCAUGAGAUGCUCAAACUGCAGGGCGGUUGGCCACAAUGCUAGGACUUGCCCUAGGAGGAAAAGGGUGUCCACUCCAAGCAAAUCGCGAAUAAGUGUACCCACAAGCACUGCAACGGAGUUGAGCUUUGCUGAUAUUCCUUCUCAGCCACUUCCUGAUAAUUCAUAG